AUGCCGACAAAACGAGAUAACAAAGUCGGCUACCUCUUCACUUCUUUCCCUGUCGACGAUGAAGCAAUCUACAUGCAUCUGUCGAACGGCAAUGACCCCCUGUCAUACCAAGCUCUUUCCCUAGAUGGCACUGCAGAGAGACAAGCCAUUCUCCGCAGUGACGUGGGGACCAAAGGCGUUCGAGACUCCUUUAUCGUGCCUUCUCAGGAUGGCAGCAAGUUCUGGCUCAUCGCAACAGACUUGCUUGCAAACAAUUUUACCAACGACUUCAAUGAAGCCACCAGAUUCGGCUCAAGACAACUUGUGAUUUGGGAGUCUGAAGACCUGGCUACUUGGGGCAAGGCUCGCCUCACACCAAAUCUCGUCAAUGCGACCGCUGGAAACGCUUGGGCGCCUGAAGCAUACUGGGAGCCUUUGAUCGAUGCCUACAUAGUCAUCUUCGCCUCUCGCUUCUGGCCCGAAACCGACUCUGAUCGUACUGGUCCUCAGCCGCCCAACAAACUCAUGUAUGUCACCACCAACGACUUUGUCAACUUCUCAGAAGCAAAGCUGUACUUCUAUCCUGGUUAUCCCGUUAUCGAUGCCACAUUCAUCGCGACUCCCGAACAAGGACCUAAUGUCUGGUACCGCUGGAUCAAGUCCGAAGUCGACUAUACAAUCUACCAACAGCGCUCUGAGAACGGCAUCCUUGGCGACUGGGUCAAUGUGGGUGGUGCUUCUGACGACGUUCGUGUCACCUUUGCUUCGCAGUAUUCAAACAACGAGGGCCCCUUGAUCUUCAGGGAUAAUCUCGAUGCUGGAAAGUUUCAUCUAUGGAUUGACGAAAACGAUUUGCAGACAUAUAUUCCAGCUACGGCGAAUACAUUAGAUGAUAUGAGUGCUUGGGUGCCUGAUGAUAUGAGUGGCUUCCCUAAGGAUGUCAAGCAUGGAAAGGUUUUAGCUGUCAACCAACAGCAGUAUGAUGGCAUUCUCGCGAAGUACAAGGUUGUUCAAUCAUAG